AUGGCUAAGCCAACAAGUGAAACUCCAUUUAAAAUUCGUGAGAGUACACGAUUUUAUCCUUACUUUAAGGAUUGCAUUGGAGCUAUGGACGGUACACAUAUCCCAGUAAUGGUAGAGAAAAUAAAUGCAGCCGUUUAUCGGAAUCGACAUGGAAUUACAUCUCAAAAUGUGUUAGCGGUUUGCAACUUCGACUUGGAGUUCAUAUACGUGCUCAGUGGAUGGGAAGGGUCUGCUCAUGAUUCGAAAAUACUUAACGACGCAAUG